GCAGGGCAGCACAUCUCAUCCUCGGCCUUGCGCAUUCUGUUGAGGACACAGCCACGAUGAAACUCCCCCUACUUCUGGCUCUUCUAUUUGGGGCAGUUUCUGCUCUUCAUCUGAGGGCUAAAACUUCCACCUUGGAGAGCAGCUUGGGAUCUGAGACCCUGCCUCAGCAUGGGGAGAUGCCAGAACAAGAGGCUGAGGAGGCCCCUCCUGGGGAGAUGGCAUCAUUGGAGGGACAGGAGGAGGCGGGUUGUGGCAGUGAAGAUGCCCCGGAGGAAGAGACGGCUGCUGAGUCCAUCUCAGCCCUAGAUGUGGUGGACAAGGACGUUCAGUGUCAGUGUCCUAAGGAAGAGGACACAGUAAAAAUUACAGGGAUCCCUGGGUGUAAGACCUGCCGCUUCAUCCUGGUAAAGGCUGCCAGGAAUUUUAAUUGCGCCCGGGCAACUUGCCGGCGUUGCUACAGGGUAUCUCAGAAGAUCAGGACAGUGUCCAGCACAGUCCAGUAG